AUGUCGACCUGGUCUUCCUUCGACAGCCCACCGCCAGAGGGCAUGAUGGACGUGACUAGUGACAGCGACGAUGCCUCCACUAGCGACGCCGACGAUGCGUCCAUGUGGAAUGAUUUACCGGAACUCGAGGAGGUGGACGACGUACCGGAGCUCCUGGAAUUGGACGACAUACCGGCGCUCCAGGAAUUGGACGACAUCGAGCCCUCAGCGUCGAAUGACCUAUCAGGGAGCCUCUGCCAGCCCAGUGCAAUCCUCGGGUAUGUGUACAUGGAACCCAAUGAUUCUAAUAUUCACCAUGUGAGCGGAGAUACAAUCCGCGCGUUGACUGCCUCCUUUCGCUCAACAGCGAGUGCUGGUGCAACCAUCAUGUGGGGAGAAGUCUCGUUCAGCUAUGGCACCGUAUCCCUCGAUCACAACUUGCGGCCACGCCACACCAUUGCCACCGAAAUCCAGGGUCUCUACGACCGUGCCUCCGGCUAUGAUGAGCAAGCGCAGGACGCGCAGGAGGAGCUCGAGAGCGAGGACCCGGAGAUGGUUCGGACCCUCACGCCAGAGGGCCUGAGGACGCACCAGGAGCACAUGGCGCUCCUCGCUCGCGAGGUGGCAUCCUGCGAGACCAUGCGUGACCAGCUCGAAAUGCAGGCACGCUUGCUGGAGGAGGCGCAGGCUCUCGGCAUGACCGACGAAGAGUGGCGCGCGCACUAUCUUGAUGGGAUGUGA